AUGGAAGUGGCAGAAGAACCGCUUCUGAAUGGGGACAAACAAAUUAUGCAAAGCCCUGAGGGCACAACUUCAAAGUCCAGCAGAAUUUCAUGGCGAGAGUGAGUGUUUUGUAUAAAUACAACAUUGACAUGACUCUACAUCAACAUAGCAACGUAUUUGACUUGGGGAGCAAUAGGUUAAGAGAGGAAGGAGUUACUGUAUUUUUAGUUUUUGGGUUUAUGAGGUUUAAGGUUACUGGAUUUUUAGUCUUGAGUUUUUGAAAGAUGAGGGUACUUUAUUUUGUUUUUACAUAGUAAAAGGCUUGUCGUUACUGUGUUUACCUUUGGGGGGUUACAAAGUAGGCUUUAUUGUAAUUUUAAACUGUGAAUUGUAAAGCCUUACACUACUGUAUUAUUGUUAGGUUGUUCAAAUAAUUAUGUGCUCUUAUAAUUUCGAAAAUUUGCUUUGAGAGGGAGCACAGAAUUAUCUGAACAACCUAAUAAAAGAUUUUUUGAAUAAGUGAUAUAUGAAGUUGUUAUGUGACGUUUGAAAUAGUAUAGACAUGAGAUUUGUGAUGUUCGCAGUGAUAACAGAUCUCUGGACACUAUGUUAACGGCCUUUAUAAGCCACAGAACGGGCUAGUUUAGGCAGUCUUCUUAAAUUUUGUUACUUAAUGAGUAAUUUUUUCGUAUUUUUUAAAAAAAUUUGGACUUUUUGCCUUAUUUUUAUGGCAUUUUUCUAAUUUUGAGUUUGUUCAAAUAAUUCUAUGCUCUUCUCAAAGCAAAUUGACAAGGUUAUGGGGCAGAAUUAUUUGAAUAAUUUAAUAAGAUGAGCCUUAUCAAACCAUAUUUUACAAAUUAAAAACGAAAAAAUGUCGAAAAAUUUAAGAAAUUUAAUAGAAAAGCCUCUGAAACGUGAUCUGACAUAGCUUUUCGAAAUUUUUAAAACAUUUUGUUAAGAUAGUGAUAUUAUGAUUAGAGUCUGACUUAUCAGCCUAAACCUAUAUGAAUAUGCAAGUUUAAAGUAAGAAAGUUUUAAAAACAACCUUGUUGUUAUAGUGGGGAUUUGGUGAUACGGUUGUUUUGGAAAAGUUUUAUCGCCUUAGACUUACCGUAGUUAUAUAAGAGAUGGAUGGUGCAUAUGUUGGUGUUUUAUUGUGAUUUACUUCUUUUUUAGGUAAAAGAGGGUAGUGUAAUAUAGACAGGAUACUUGGUUAUUGGUAGACAUGAGCAGCGUGCCGGCCCGGGCCCUACCUUCGGGCCGGGCCUGAGCAAAAUCAAAAACGGGCCGGGCUUGAAAAUUAGGCCUGGCCCGUUGCUCAUGUCUAGUUAUUGGGGAAUUUUGUAAUAGAUAUCUGUAGCUGGGUACUGUAUUUGGUGUGCUAUAAGUCUUAUUGUGACUGCACGGUGCAAUGAAAGUCUUUUAAAUCAGCUAAAAUAAGACUUCUAGAAGCUGUUAGGGCUGUUUUAUAUGUAAAAGCAUGAUCUUUUUAUGUUUUACUAUGUAUCAAUAUAACUAUAGGUACCCUCUGUAAUGGUUUGUAUUUCAGUUACUUCAAAAAGUUUGGCCGUCGAAGGGAGAAGCAGGAUUUUGUCGUUGUAAUGGGCCGAAAGCUUGCUAAACGCAAUGGAAAGGCGCCUUCGUUGUUGGAGUACAACCCGGCUUCAUUCUACGAAAUGGUGGGUUACUGUAAUUUUAAUUUAUUUUUGAUUUCACUGCGGUAUAUAGUUUGAUUUACUGCAGUGUUUAAAUAAUUCUGUGGUCUUUCUGAAGGCAACCUUUUGGGGAUAGGGGGCACAUAAUUAUUUGAACAACUUAAUAUUUCAGUCAAUCUUAAGAUAACAGCUACUGUAAUAUCUGUAAAAAGCUAAAGUAUUCCUCAUAAUAAAUCUAAAUUCAGAUGCGAUACGCCAACAGAUUUGACUGGGCCUUGCUGUGGACUGGAGUCGCGUUUUCUUUGAUUACUGGAGCUGCAUCGCCAUUAGGAUCAAUAAUCUUCAGAGGAAUUACAAACACCUUGAUGAUGGCACAAAAUGAGUACGAUAAUGGUGGCAUCAACAUGGGCACCUUCUACGAUGGUGUCGUAUUCUACGUUCUUAUGUACUUAACUCUUGGUAUCUGCACGUUUGUGUUGAGUUAUAUUUCGGUAAGUCUUUACAUCGUUUUGAGUUACAUUUGGGUAUGUUUGUGUAUUAUUAGCUUUAGUAUGGUCGUUAAGAUUAAUUAUAGGAUGGUGAAGUAUAACAUAUGUAACUAUGGUUUGAUUGUUUUUAUGGGGCCUGAUCUAUAGUAUGACACUAAUUGUGGCUGGUAAACCUUGUAUGAUUUUGUAUAAAUGGUUUGCCUAAUAUAGUACAUGCUUUCAGUCAGCCUGUUUCUUUACAUUAUGUGAAAGGCAACUGGAUACCUACCGUAAGAAGUUCUUGUUCGCUGUAUUACAUCAAGAUAUAGCAUGGUUUGAUACGAACGAAGUUGGAAAACUUACUCAGAAAAUGUCAUCGUAUGUUUUACUUUUGUAUAUUAUACUAGCGUUUGAUCUUUUUUUUAUAAAUUAUGUUGUUCGAAAAAGAAUGCCAUUUUUAUUUUUUGCUGUUUGAAAAAGAAUGGCAUGUUACCAACAAAAAAUUGAGAAAAGUAGCAUAUUUCUCUACUAUUAUAUAAUAUUCAUGGUAUAUAUAUGCAGACUUACAUAGUAACACAACAUUUUCAGAGGAAUUGACCGUAUCCGUGAUGGUACUAGUGACAAGAUAUCUGUACUAAUACAAGCUUUUGCUUGUUUGGUAUCAGGUAUUAUCGUAGGGUUUACUAUGAGCUGGCAAAUGACAUUGAUCAUGUUGAUCGUUAUCCCAUUUGUCAUCAUGGUCAUCUGGGGAUCUGCUUUGGUAAGUAAGACUUACUGUAGUUGAUCAGUAUGGCUUAAGAAUAUAUUAUUAUAGUCAUACCUAUGCUUUGUAGCUGCAAUAUAUAUUAUCGUAACUACAAAAGUUUGUCUAUUCAUAUUUACUUACUGUAAUAUUGCUUCUUUUACCUUAAAAUGACAUUUCACAACAUUUUUAAAUGACAUUUUAUAAUAUUUUAAAAUGAUAUUUCAGACAGUGAAAAAGUCGCUGCGAAAGCAGAACGAAGCCUACGGAUCAGCUGGCGCUGUAGCCGAAGAAGUCAUCAAUGGCGUUCGUACUGUAGCCGCCUUCAACGCACAGUAUUUCGAGAUUGAGAGAUACAGUAAAUACCUCGGCAUGGGAUGUAGUAAUGGUACCAAGAAGCACUUACUGACCGGUAUCUUCAGUGGAAUGUACUUGUUGAUCUUGUUCGCUUCGAUGGGCUUCGCGUUUUGGUGGGUUUUAAUUAUGUUUGGUACUGUAAAGCACUGGUACUAUUACUGAAUUUUUUUGUAGGGCUUUACAAUUACUACACUUUACUAUUAAAGUCUAUCACGGUGAGAUAUAACGCCUUUCAUAGCAAUAUUAUUACUUCCUUAUGGUAAUAUUAUUGUAGGUACGGUACCAACUUGGUAUUGGAAGGAGAGAUGACCCCAGGCACGGUGUUUGCUGUCUUCUGGGCUUGUGUUAUCGGAGCGAUGAGGGUUGGUCAGGCUGUGCCACAGAUUUCUACAGUAAUGGGUGCCAAGAUGUCAGCCGGGGAAAUAUUCUCUAUCAUUGACAGAGUAAGUUUUACCAUGUAACCGGGGGGGGUAUGACUACAUGUUUUAACUGUGGGGGUUCACAAAGCUCUUGAUCAACGGUUGGCCUAGGCCUAUCUUCUUCUCUUUCUUAUGAUAUUUCUAACUUUAAAAUGGUUAAUAUAAUCACGCCAAGCUAAAGUAAUAUGUACCUUCUUCAGAAGCCAUCUCUAGAUUGUUGUACCGAGAAAGGCAUCAAACUACCGAAAGUCGAAGGUCGUAUCACCUUCUCUGACAUCUACUUCCGUUAUCCAAGUCGACCAGAAGUACCAAUUGUGAGCGGAGUUUCUUUCGAUGUUGAAGCCGGUCAUACUGUAGCAUUGGUAGGCCACAGUGGGUGUGGUAAAAGUACGAUGAUGUCAUUUCUUAUGCGUUACUACAGUCCUGACAAGGGAACGGUACGUUUUGAAAUUUGAUUUUUGUACUUGAAUUUUGAAUUUUCUGCCAAUAUUGAUGUUAAUAUGCGAUAGAAAGAUUAAACUGAACUUAUAGGAUGGUGAAAUAUAACAUAUAUUAUCAUAGUAAUACCUACAUUAUGAUGUCUAAGGUUAAUUGUAGGUACUGGUGGACGGAAAACCAAUUGAAGACCUGAACAUCAACUGGCUGAGAAAUGUGAUCGGUAUCGUAUCUCAAGAGCCCAUCGUAUUCGCGACCUCAGUAAUCGAGAACUUGAAGAUGGGAAAGGAAGACUUGACCCAAGAAGAGAUGAUCAAGGCGUGUGAAGCUGCCAAUGCUCAUGAAUUCAUUGUUAAACUGCCAAAUGUAAGCUUAUUUUACUUGUUAUGAUAUAUCGAUAGUAGGUAUAUCGAUAUGAUUUUGAAGAUAGUGGUUUAAACUAACAAUUAUGGCAUUAAACUUAACUUACUAUAACUUAAUUCAGGGCUAUGACACCCAAAUCGGCGAAGGCGGUGUAAAACUCUCCGGAGGCCAGAAACAACGUCUAGCCAUUGCCCGUGCCCUCGUCAGAAACCCCAAGAUCCUACUGUUAGACGAAGCUACAUCAGCCUUGGACACAGAAUCUGAACGUAUUGUACAAAAAGCCAUCGAUCAAGCAGCGACCGGUCGAACCACCAUCAUGAUUGCGCACAGACUGAGCACGGUACGGAACGCCGACAAGAUUAUCGUCUUCGACCACGGUAAAAUUGUGGAAUCCGGAACUCACGAAGAACUCAUGGAUCUGGAUGGUGUCUACAAAGGACUGGUACAAGCACAGGAGAUCGAACAGUACCAUGAAGAGGAUGAUGUUGUAGUAGAUGACGAGGAGAGGAGUCCUAGUCGACCAGUCAGUAGAACAGGAUCGUGUUGCUCCAGAAGCGAGUUCAACAAUUCCCAGAGGGCAAGAGCCAGUAGCAGACUGAAGCAGUCGUUGGCUUCGGCUAUGGAGAACGAUCCGGAUACUGAAGAGUACGUUUUUAGCUUGAAAAAGGUACAAAAACAGGGUUUUAAAACGAUUUUAUUGAAUUUUUGGUUAAAAGAUGAAGAUACUUUUGAUAAGAUCAAAUAAAAUGAGAUAAUAGCAAUGAUUUACCAUUGAAAUCACCUUGUUCUGACUUCGUAUCCUUCUAAUAUUACCUAUUUAACCCACCAUUUCCAGUCAAAUCGAGCACAUGCAAGAAGAAGAAGCCGAGAAAGCCAGCUUCAAAGACAUUUGGCACUUUGCCAAGCCCGAGCGAGCCCGAUUCCUUCUGGGCUUGAUCUCCACCUUCUUCAGAGGAGCGACGUUCCCAGCGUUCUCCUUGAUUUACGGUCAGAUGUUCCAAGCUCUAGAGAAGGCGUUGAGCGAGAACAAUCAUGAAGAUGUCACGUCUAGAAAUGUUAUCAACGCUUUUGCUUUUGGUGGAUUAGGAGUGUUUGGAUGUGUAUUCACAUUGUCAUCUGGGUUCUUGUUGGGUCAAGUUGGUGAACAAUUGACUAUGAGGUUGAGGAUCGAGGUCUUCAAGGUAUGAAGGGUUGUUUUCAGGGGAAACUUAUUGUUUUUGAACCAAAAAAGGCAUGAUAAUAUUAUUUUCGUAUUGCAAAAGCUAUAAAUUUGUAAAUUUGUUACUUAAAUUUUAAAUUUUCUUUUACAAAAAACUAAAAUACGUUUAUUUAUUCACUAAUGCAGUUAAUAUUACCUAAAAUAAUAUUUAACUUCAUCUUUCAGAACAUUCUACGCCAAGACGGUACCUACUUUGACGAUGUUCGCCAUUCGACCGGUAAAUUAACAGCACGUUUGGCUUCGGACGCUCCGAACGUCCAAGCUGCCAUCGAUCAACGUCUGGCCGAAGUACUACAAGGUCUAGUAUCUCUGGUUUGUGGUGUCACUAUCGCGUUCUACUUCAGUGUCUACAUGGCUCCAGUUGGGCUGGGGUCGGCUGUUGUUAUCGUCAUUAUUCAACUCAUUCUGACGAAUCUUCUCAAGAAAAGAGCUUUGACUGAUGUUAAGGUCGCCGAAGAUGCUUCUAGAGUAGGUUUUGGAGAUUAUAAAGCAAAUUGAACUUGAAAAUAUUAGAAAAAUUUAAAAAAUAAAUGAUUUUGUUACCUAAAAUAUCAAAAAAUUUUUAAAUUGUCAAACUUUUAAAAUACGAUAAAUUGAAAUUUCAGAUAGCUUCUGAAUCCAUUGAACACGUCAAGACCGUCCAAGCCCUAACCCGCCAGAAGUUCCUGUACGAAAGCUUCUGUACCGCUUCAGUAAAACCUCGCAAACGUGCCAUCACCAAAGGACUGCUCCAAUCUCUCACGUAUGGUCUAACUGGUGCCUUUGUUUCCUUCAACUUCGCCUCAGCCUACUUCUUUGGUCUUCUCCUCAUCAAAGGUGGCUACACAACUCCAUUCGUCGUCUUCCAAGUAAUCGAAGCUCUGAAUCUAGCCUCAAUCACGGUGAUCGCUGCUGCAUCGUUCUUCCCAGAAUACAUCAGAGCCAAAGUGGCAGCCGGUUUGAUGUUCAAGAUGAUGCGACACGAGACCAAGAUCGACUCUUUGUCAGAUAAUGGUAUGAAGCCCGAGAUAUACGGCACGGUAGAGUGCGACGGUGUCUUCUUCGCCUACCCCAACACUCCACAGCAUCUGGUACUGAAUGAAUUCACGGCGAAGGCACAGCAAGGUCAGACAAUGGCUCUAGUGGGACCAUCUGGGUGCGGAAAGUCGACCACGAUUCAGCUACUGGAACGAUACUACGAUGUGAUCGCGGGAUCUGUCAAGAUCGACGGCUGUGAUGUGCGACAAAUGUCGAUUCGGCAUCUGAGGAAUCAUGUCGCUAUCGUAUCUCAAGAACCAACCUUGUUCAAUCUAUCCAUUGCUCAGAAUAUCUGUUAUGGGUUGGAUAAGAUCGACAUGGCCAGAGUGAUUGAAGCCGCCAAGAUCGCCAAUGUUCAUGACUUUAUCGAUUCUCUGCCAAAUGUAAGAUUUGAGUUAUUUAUAUCUUGUGGUAUAGUACAAGAUACCUUAUGAGUUUGCCGUUUUUGUUUUAAAAAUAACAAGUUUUGUCAUUUGACUGUCAGAUACCUUCUACUCUCUUCUUUUUCAGAAGUACGAUACCCCAGUAGGCGCCAGAGGCGGUCAGCUCUCUGGAGGUCAAAAACAACGUAUCUCGAUCGCUCGUGCCAUGAUCAGAAACCCCAAGAUCCUACUGUUAGAUGAAGCCACGUCAGCCUUGGACACAGAAUCCGAGAAGAUCGUACAAGCAGCGUUGGAUCGUGCCAGCGAAGGUAGAACUGCCAUUUCCAUCGCACAUAGGCUGUCUACUAUUCAACGAGCCGACAUGAUCGCCGUAUGUAAAGAUGGCAAGGUAAUUGAGUCUGGCAAACAUCAACAGCUUUUGGCCAGGAAAGGACUGUACCAUCGAUUGGUACAGAAACAGAGCGGUUAG